UGCCGGGUUUGUGAAAAAAUUCGCCACGAAAAAGUAGCAUCGCUUCCUACUUUUUAUCUGUUCGCGCGAAUAAGUUCGCCUACUGGAAAACGGGCUUACGUGGAAACUGGAAAACGUUAAAAAGGGAACUCCGUCAGCUUUCCAGGAAUACCUAAGGGCUAAGACAAUAUAGAAGACGCUUCAAAACCUUUCCGACUCAAAAGCUCUAACUUUUAUUUCGAAAUCAAUAGGUUUGGACUUUGUAACUUCUGUAUGCGAUGUAGUUUCAUUUUUGUGCUAAUACAAGUGCAAAAAACAAGAAGGAAACGAUAACGCAGCUAACGUACCCGGAAAUAAUCGGUUGAAAUGUGAACGUUUGUUAAACAAAAUGGCGAACUUUGAGUUAAGAUCGUGGCAACUGGCUUGCUAUAGUCUCAUCUUUAUAAUUGGUGUUCUUGGUAACGCUACCGUAAUCCUUGUUAUCAGAAAUAGUGGUCAGUCAGAGAAACAUCGUUUUCGUGACGUGCCUUUCAAUGUGUACCUCAUGGCGCUAGCUAUAGUCGACAUGUCAUUAUCAAUAGUAUGUCUACCAGUGUAUAUAAUGAGUACAAGCGCUUUUCCUCAUCCUACUGGUGUCGGAGGUGAUGUAUUCUGUAAACUGAUCACAGGAGAUGUUCCUCAGUUUUGGCUGGCGGGCGUCUCAAUAUAUUUAUUAGUUGUUAUCAGCUUUGAACGGUAUACGGCUAUUUCAAAACCAUUCACGACGCGUUUGGGCAAGACAAGGAAGACCUACGUAUACAUAGCUUUAGCGUGGUUCUUUGGUUUUGCCAGAGAAUUGCCGGUUAUAGUUGGAGUUCGCUACAGUACAGCUACAAACGCUACAGUUGGAACAAGUUGUUAUUACUGGCCAAAAAAACUGCCUAAUAUAUUCAUAUUCUCGAUUCUUUUCAUCAGUCAAUAUCUUGCUCCAGCCGUGAUAUUUCUUAUAAAUUUCCACCGUAUUAGGAAGCGUAUAAACCGUCUGGAUAAGACGCUAAAAACUGCCCUAGGAGAUGCAAGACAACUUGUCAAAAUCAUGAAGAACAAAGCGAGAAGUAUAAGAAUUGUGCUCAUGGUUUUGAUAACAUUUUUAAUAUGUUGGACACCGAAUAAUAUCAUGUAUCUCUUGUUUCAAUAUGGUAACGUGUCAGCCGUUGAAUGGAAUUCAGAUUAUUAUAAAUUUGGGAUCAUUCUGGGGUUUUCAUCGUGUUGCAUUAAUCCUUUUUUAUACGCGUUUCAAAGCAAACAGUUUCGAAUUCAUUGUGGAAAACUUUUUCGGAAAAUUUUCAAGAUCGGUAAAAAAAGAACAACCUCUAGAUGCAAGCCAGAGUUUCACUGCCUCAACAGGACAAGGUACCCAACUGAACACAGUAAUACUGAACACACUGAAACGCUAAGUAUUUAGACAUUCUAAAAUAACUACAGUUAAUUUUAAAAACAGAAAAAUAGCGCGAAUUAAUUCAUCACGUAAUUGAUUAUUCACUACGGGAGCAAUAUCACUGUAUUCAUCUAGUUUACCUUUCAUUCUCUAACA